UGCUGACGUAACGAGAAAGCACGUGCGUCAUGCGAUCAUGAUCGAAGAAAAAGAUGGCGGCGAGGUCACUAGUUGAACAUUUGCUUCGUUUAGACGACAUAAAAUACAGAAAAGCGAAUAUUCUAGAUUACCUAUCGACAAAAUGGGAAGGACAGGUUAUUGACUGUGAUUAUUUAGAGUCAUUAAACGUAAUAGUCUCUCAUCUUUUAAAUGUUGCAACGAACAGAAGCAAUACUGCCAAUACAGAGGUGACAGAACCAGAGACGUGUAAAUUCGGUUUAGAACCAUGGAUAAAAGACGCUUUAAAAACCAUAUUGACUGAAACGUGUAUUCCAACUCUUAGCGUGGUUCGACCAACUGGGUAUGAUACAGAUAAGAGAGAUAGGAUGCGGAUUUUCGAGUUAACAUAUGAACUUGUCGCAAAAAUAGUGUGUAGAGGUCCUUUAGAAAAUGCACAUUGUAUCUGGAGCUUAGUGUUAAAAUCUCUGCAAAAUUUUGUUGAUGAAUGUAAUAGUGGUUUUGAUAUAGGCCAUGGUGCAAAUGCUGAUGAAUCACUACUUCAGGUAGCCACAGCUUUGGAUUUGCUAGCGUAUUUGCUUGAUACUAUCGACAAUUGGAAAGAGGAUAGAUUAAAGUUUGCACAAAAAGAAAACUCGGAGAAAGAAUCGGAAGAGGCAGUUUUGCAUUACGUUCUUAAUGUGCUUAAUGUUGUGGAAAAUGAAGGCCUUCUUUUUAAAAUCACUGGGCGAAUUUUACCAAAGUUACUGUCGAUUAAUGAACUGGAAUCGUAUCGAGAUACAAAGAUAAUAUGGGAGUCGGUCAAAGUUUUGAGACUCCAAGAACAGGAAGAAUGUCAUUCUUCAUCUGGCUUCCUCAGGUCCUAUGCUAUCGUGUCAUCUUUAGCUGACUUGUAUUUUAAACGAAGUGGCGAAACGGUUUUUAAGAUUCAUCAAGAUCCUGCUUUCUGGUCCAUGAUUCAGGCUGGUUUAGUCAACAAUGACUCGUUAGUAAGAAAAAGAAGUUUGUAUUUGCUACAAAGAGUGAUUGAGAUGUGUAAAGAACAACAACAAUCUGAGAACGUCUGUCUUGAGCAACAAUCAACACCAGUAUUUUGGUGGAAUAUUUACAGCGCUGAAGAAAUUCUGAAUAUUUGGCAGCAAUACGUUUUUCUCCUGGAAACCUUGGAAGAAAAACAGCUUCAUGUGAUUCAACCAGUUCUUCCACGCAUAGACGAACUUGUUAACGCAACGAAGAAAACGAAAGACAUUUCUUUUCCUCUGUUACAUGUUUCAUGGCUGUCAGUGAUCGUCCAUAGAGCUGCAAUACAUGAGAAUAGAUUCAUAAAGAAAUGGGGUGUUAUGACUUUAUUGACAUUAAAUUUUCACGAAGUACCAUUCUUACAGAAUAAGACGACAAGAAAUUUCACAUGUGAUACUUUUAUUAUGUUACUCAAGGAACCGACGUUAUAUGCAAAGAACCACGGCGAAAGUAAAUCCGAACCAAGCGCAUUAAGUAGCCAUUUGUUGAAGUUUUUUAAGAAAUGUCUUCAUGCCGUGAAUGAAGAAGAAAAGACUGGGUUUUUCGCACAAGUGUUUACGUCCAUAUCUCGGUAUAAUAUCAGCCAUGUUCCACUUACCUUUAUAGUCCAGAGUCUUUCCAAUGUACCACGAAUUUCUGUGUUUGGCAGUGAACUAUUAAGCAGCUUAAGAAGUAUUAUUUCCAACAUGUUGAGUCAUUCUGUGAUCUUACGUGGUGCAGUGAAAACCUUUCUAUUGAGAACAUUUAUGAAUUUUGUCAACCCUGUGUGUGUCAGGGUUUAUGAAGUAUUGGUGUUUCUUGGUUCGUUCGCAAAAGAAGAAUCCCUGUGUAGAGGAACUCAUCUUUGGAACGAGGUUACUUUAUGGUUAUCUGAAAGUCAUCUUCUUUUUCAAAGUGAAACGAGUGUGUUCUUUUUGUAUGUAGAUAGGCACGUGCGGUCAUUUUUGAAGAAUGAAUACAGCAACAAGACAAGGGAAGCUGCAGUAGGUUUGGCUAAAUUCAUCCUCUUGUGCUACGACUCUUCUGCCAUAACAAGGAAUGAAAUUAAUCAACUAUUUCAAGCAAUCUUUUUAACGAUAAGUAAAGCGCAGUCGAAUGUGUAUCAACCCGUCUCGAACUGUUGGCAAGCGGUGGAACUGCUUCAUGGAUUGUUACACGAAUUGUUGGGAAUGGAAGAAAAACUCGAAGUUGCUGAUGAUUUGACUACGGCUCUUAUGGUUUGCCUGCAGGAUAUCUUGGAAUGCCUCACACAAACGCUUGUUCGAACUAUCGGUCAAGAAGACGAGUAUGCCAGUUACCAUGGUUAUAGCGCUUAUUAUGCUUUGUUGGAUAAAGUAAAAUCUUUAUGGUUAUCUCGCAAAUUUCCGGAGAAAGUGUGCGUACAGUAUCAGAUAGUACUUAACAAGCUUGCUGACUUGGGUCUCUCUCUUUGGGAUGCGAAGACAGAGUGCACGACAGUCAAACAUUGGUUGUGUUUUUUGGUUAGUUCAAAAUUGAAUAUUUGGGUCAUUCAGAUUACUGACGCUACCGAUUUUGUAUUGACAAAUGAACGGAAAAGGAAGUUCUUGGAAUGUGUUUGGUUGUCUAAAUUCACAAGCAAUUUGGCUUUUCCGAAUGAAGGAAAGUGUCAAAAUGGGUCAUGCUUAAAAGAAGAGAGUUGGCGUGUUAUCUCGGAGGAUAUAAUUACCACAAAGUGGCACUCAGUUAACUUGGCAAUCAGCGAGAGUAACAGUAAAGCUAUCCCAGCAAGGUUUUCGUUAGAAACUUUUGCUUGUAGUUCAUAUAGUGACAUUGUGAAAGCAUGUGUUGAAGCCCUUUCCUUGAUCUCAGGAUCAGCGUGUUACUCUUGUUUGGAGACGUUGCGACUUUGUUUACCAUAUUUGUUUCAUGCUGGGGAUGAAGACACGAUAAUCUUGCUGUUGAAAACCACUUGGAGUGUGCUAAAUGAAAUCCGAACUCGUUACAGCGGUUAUUUUUGGCCAGCAUUAGAUAUUGUAGUUAAAAUUAUUUUCGCACCAGAAUUGUUAAAUCUACCAUCCGAUAGUUUAUUCACACCAUAUGUAAGAAAAUACUGGGAGUCCCUACUUGCUGUUGCUGAUGAUCAGACUGGUUUAGUAACUGUCGCUGUUGCCAAUAUAUGCCAUGUCCUGUCUGGUAUGUACCAUUUGCAGUCGUUUGAAGUGACGAGUUUGGAUUAUCAUGUCGAUAUUAUCGCCGAUAUUUGUUUGUUUGGUCCAGUCCAUAAGAAAGAUCUGAAACUAUUGUUUGACACUGCAGCUUAUGUCAAGAGCUUGGGCAAGGAAUCUGGUGUUAUUAACAGAGUAAAAUUUAAGGAGUGUGAAUGUGAAUCUGCACGUGUUCGAGUUGAUCUCCUCGCGUUUCUGCUAAGUGUUGAUUACAAUGAGGAAAUCAAUUCACUGUUUCUUGUUAAAUUGAUUAGAGCUCUGCUGGAAAGAGACGAAAUACUCUCAAAAGUCAAGGCUAGUCGCUUCCUGAACUCCGAAAACCACCGAAAGAAACAAAGGCUGUGGCAAAUCAUCUUGACUCUUGUUUCUCGUAUAACAGAUGAGGAAUUUGCUCUGGAAUUUUGCAACAGAGUGCUGAAAGCAUUAGAGGGGGAUAAUCAAACUUCGGUGCGAUUUUUCAUGGAAUUAAGCUUGGUGAGACUGUUUUUUGCUCGUAUCCAUCUUCUUGAAACAAUUUGGGUAAAAAUGAAAGAUCUUUACAAAACUAGACUUGGUUUCGUCGCGUCAUUAAUCUCCAUACUAACCCAUGUGUUUCUAACUUUGGAAGAGCAAGAAUACCAGAUGAUUUAUCUACAGCGAUUAAUACCAGCUGUAAUCCCAUGCGCGUUUCUCAAUCACUCUCAAAUCCGUGCUUACAUUUUAGCUACGUUGGAAAUGAUCUCCAACACAUGUAGCGAAGUUGUGUGGUCUGAAAUCAUUUUCAAGUUUCCUGUUAUACAGUCGUGCCUGCUGUUUAAAGAAAGUGUUGUUGAAGGUGACAAGGAAAAGAAUCGACUGCAGAAAGAUCGAGACUUGUUUUCUUUACAUCCCAUAUACGAUUUUAGUAUUGAAAUGAUUUUUAAAACAGUACCCUUGAUUACUGGGGUUGUGGAUGACGAAAUCGUAGCUCCUGAAGUAUUUCAAAAUGAAGGCAGUAAAUCAUGGAUAGAUGUCAUUGAUUUACCACUUUGUGGAAGGAAUCACAGAAGCCCGGAAUCUGGAAGUGAAAACACCUUACACGAAUUAUCCACAGCCGAAACGACACGUGAGAAAGCAGAGACCUCUUGUGCUUCGAGUAUGACCUCUGAUGUUCAAAAGAAAAUCACUCCUUGGAAUGUUAUUGCUCCACCGCAGGAAGGCCAAGACAGUUUUGAUGACUACCGUCAGCGCCCUGUCGAGCGCCGUGUUGGUGAUCUCAUCGUGGUAGCAUCGUUAAUUGAUCGUGCUCCGAAUCUUGGCGGUCUGUGCCGAACUUGUGAAAUUUUUGGUGCUUCCAAGCUAAUACUAGGUAGCAAACAUGUUGUUUCAGAAAAGGAUUUUAAAUCGGUUAGUGUCUCCUCUGAGAAAUGGGUUGAUUUCGAGGAAGUUAAGAUCCAUGAUUUGGUGCAUUUUUUGUUAAAAAUGAAGAGAGAAGGCUUCACAAUUGUCGGUGUGGAACAAACAGCACAAAGUAAGAAGUUGACCGACUUUCAGUUUCCUUAUAGCACGGUGCUUGUACUUGGAAACGAAAAGGCAGGAAUCCCUGUGGAAAUCAUCCAGUUGUUAGAUGAAUGUGUUGAAAUUCCCCAGCAUGGAAUAAUUCGUUCACUUAAUGUACAUGUUAGUGGAGCUUUGUUAAUUUGGGAGUACAGUCGACAGCACUUGAGUGACAAAUGACCUAGGUUGGCUAUAUUCGUUUCACACAGGAAAUGUUGUGAAUGAUUACAAGUGAUUCAUUAUAUGCACAGUUAAAAACCUUUUCUACAUGUAUUAUCUUGUUCCCUAUAUGUUUGUAAAUCCUUCAAUUAAUUAUUGACAAAUAUUAUUAAUUAUUGCUGA